CUCUGACCGAUACGUUAUUAGUCCCAUUCGUGAACGAAUCGCUUAGAACGGUUUUGUGAACCGGUUCAACUAAUUCACUAAAAAGAUUCGACUCAUAAGAACCAUUCUUUCACAAAGCGGGCAUUGCUAUCCACUACCUUUCGUGGCGGGACUUAUAUUAUUUAAAGAAACGGAAAUCCCCACUACUAAGCUGACCGGUAGUUACGACGCGUUCGGCAUUCUGUUUACGUAAGCUAGCAGUCCAGGUAUGAAAAGGUCCAGAUAUGAGGACGACUCUGCAACAUUACACUUGGCUCAAGAAAGUGGGCAGAAGGCGAAUAAGCUCCCUCGAUCCGAGAUUGAAAAGAUUAUUUCAGAUAAGGUUGUGACCGCAGUCGAGCAGUCUGACUACAAGAUGAAGAAUCUGAUGGAGAGAAUCGGUGAGGUGAAUGGUGAACCCAGAUACGAUGCUAGAAUCAAGAAUCUUGAAGCUCAUGUAAGGAAAAUAAAACGAAGGGGAGAUGCAGUAUUUGCAUAUAUCAGAAAGUUCAGAUCUUUAGGGAUUUCUCAGAGUCAGUCUCCUCCUCCUGUGCAGCCCCAGCGAUGCAUCUCUCCAGCGGAAAAAAACGAUAUAUCCAGAAGUUCAGUCAAUGGAGGGUGUUUCAGUGACAACGCUUCAGUGUCAUCAGCAGACAAUGAUUGUGAGAUGACCACAUUGAGACGACCAAAGAAAGGGUUUUGGCAGAGUUUGGAAAAGCGGUCUAAGAAUCAGGUUGUUGACCUUACGGAAGACAGAGCAGCCAGACUGAAUGAAGAGAGCCUGGUUACCCAACCAUCAGAUCAGAAAUCAGAACCUUCAAAACGGGAACAAUCAAAUCCCACAAGUACAUCACCUAUAGCCAUUAAAGAAGAAAAACAAAGUGUAACGGAGGAGGACCGUGUCAGUUCUUCAGUACAGUUGGAAGAGGAGGACUGGCACUCCAAACUCCAUCCGUUCCCAGAGACUCCGUUUCCCAAAGAGCUUCCGGUUGUAGCUGCAACUUACAACUUGCCCCAGAAGCCAGUGGUGAAACUAGCUCGGAUUGGAAGCGCACAAGAACUAGGCAUCGCGUGGACCGUGGAUCAGAAAGAUCCCCAUGUAGCAGAGCUGGAUUGCUACUACAUUUACGUUUCCCACGAACACAAAAACGGCACUUUUUCAGGAUGGAAGUGCCUUGGAGAGAUCAAAGCCAUGCCUCUUCCUAUGGCCUGCAAGGUGUCCGACUGCAAAGGAGAUAAACAACUGUGCUUUAUCGUUGUGGGGAAGGAUAUAUUUGGCCGUUAUGGGCCGUACAGUGACAUACGCACUGUGGCAUCAGGACAAAUAUGAUUUGGGCGACAUUUCUCCAGAGUAUGAAUGUGACUCUUUAUACUAGAAUUUAGAGUAUUUAAGAUUUGAAUUUCUUAAAAGAUGUUAAGUUGGGUACAAAUAAAGUUAAAGCUGCUGUUUUUACCUCCAUUUUUGUAUUUCUAGUUUUUUUCUUUCUCUGAAGAAAAUGUUUGUUUGUUUUGUUUGUUUUUUAGUAUCAGAGAGCCCAGAACGUCAUUCCACUUAUAUGAAUCACACUAACACAAAAGUAUUAAAGGAACUGCUGUCUUGUAUUGUUUUUAUUGGUUAUAAAGUUACAAACUGAUUUAAUUUGUCUCUGGUCUUCAUGAGAUGAGGUCUUCAGUGGUUUGAGUCAACAAAGCAAUCACUAGCCAUAAUAGACAGUGAUCUAAUGUAAGCGGCAGAAAACAUUUCAGACGUUUGUUCAUGCUGCUGCAGAAAUGACACUCAAAUGGAAAUAUAACAUUAUAUCAGUCAUUCUCAAAAAUCGUGACUUCUGACUUACAAAUGUUAAAGUUAUGAAUUCAGUUCAGUUCCAUUUUCUGCCAUAAAAGAUGGUAGUUGUUUAUUAAUAUCUUUUCUUUUUUUUCAUUUCACAGAUGAAGCAAGUUUUGUAACAAUUGUGACAUUUGACUAACAUUUGACAUUUUUUCAUGACUAAAAUGCCUCCGAUCAUAUUUACUGCCAUAUUUUGAGAUUGAUCCAACAGUAUUUGCUGUACAUCAGAACAGGAAGAGCCACAAACCGUUCGUUAAUGUAAAAUACAUUUAUUUGAUAAAAAAAAAAGAACAAUAUUGAGCCCUUGGUGGGGAUCAGUCUCCAGAAACAGACCUGACCUGAACAACUCAGCAGACAUUUAAACACAAAGCUGCCAUUGUGGUUUCCUUCCGAUUACAAAAGCCUUCACUAAUAUUCAUUAAAACCUUCUGAAAAUUAAGCAUUAUACAAACACGUUCAGGCCUGUUGAUAUAAUACUUCCUUACAAAAAAUAUUAACAGCAACAAUGCAGUUAGUCUUAAUAAAUACAGCUUAACUUCACUUUCACCUAAAUAAUAUUAGCUAAUUGCUUCUUAUUCCAUAGCAGAUUUAAGGACGAAAUGAUUACACAAGAAAGGAAAACUGAAACCAUUGGUGUGCUUCACCAACACCAUCAUCUUA